ACGACAACCGGAGAGAUUCGCAGCAGCUCUCGCCGCCUUCUUCUCCGUCUUCUCCGUCUUCUCCUGAAGAACGGGACCGGAGAAGGAGCCAGGAGCGGAUCGAUGAGGUGUUUUGUGUUUAUGUAAAUCUGGAUUCGUUCCUCGUAAUAUCUCCGUCCCUUUCCCCGCUCAGAUUGCUUGAACUUGUAUCGCCAUGCCAAUGUUUUCAGCAGUAGCAUUAGAUAGGCUGUUAGAUUCAGGGAACCCAAAAUCCAUGAUUAGAACUAAAAGUGCUCCUCCCCCAAAGGGAGAGAGAAUCAAUAGUGCACAUUUAAGGAGUGUCGAUAAGAGAAAUCGUGCUCCCAGUUCUAGGAUGGAAAGGGGGAUUAGUAGAAAGCGUCACUGGGCCGCUACAUCUCCUGCACUCUAUGCCCUUCCAAAGUGUACUCCGCUCCCAGAUUCUCCUUCUUCAUAUCCUCCGUCGCCUUACAUCAUCAAUCACAAGCGCCGUGGCCCGCGGCUUCUGAAAAGCUUGUCCCAUGAUGAUGUUGCCAUUCGCCAAUGCACAACUGGUGUCGAAAAGUGUGCUCUAACUACACAGGCGGAUGAUAUUUCCAUUCCUAAAGAAGAGAAUUCGGUGAAUGAUGAUAAUUUUUCAGUUGCUGCUAAUACACAUGGUAAAGAGGGUCAUAUGAGUAGCAUAGGUGCUGGCGAGAAGAGUUACCUGGAUUUGGAUGAUAUAUCAGCUGCGGUAAAUGGUACGGGGAAAUCUAUGGAUAACGGAUUACAACAAAAUAUCGAGGCUGACAAUUUGAUUGGUCCCCAAGGUUCGAUGAGCAUAGAAGGCAAUGCUGAUGCUGAGAAUGUUAAUGGUGGACUGGAGUGUUGUUUGAGUUAUAGCACACAAGCAGCAGAAUUUUAUGAUGCAUAUGAAGAAAUUUCCCCUGACGGUGGUGAACUGCAGCCAGCUAGUCGUGACCUCGAAACUGAGUUGCGUGAGAUCAAAUUGAGAUUAUUGAUGGAGACUGAAAAGCAUAAACGAGCAGAGGAAGCUCUUAAUCACAUGCGAAUGCAGUGGCAAAGGAUUGGGAAACACCUUCUUCCCAUAGGAUUGACUCUCCCUGACCUUGUAGAAGAGGAUCAACAGCUUGGCGAUGCUGUAAAAAGUAUGGUCCAGGAACUGCAUGUUGCUCGGUAUGUGUCGAAUUCCAUUGGGAGGGGAAUGGCAAAAGCUGAGGCUGAGGAAGUGAUGGAUGGUCAGAUUGAGCUUAAGAACUUUGAAAUUGCCCGCUUGUGGGACAAACUGCACUAUUAUGAGACAGUAAAUCGGGAGAUGUCCCAGAGAAAUCAGGAAGCUGUAGAGAUAACAAGACGUGAUAGGCAAAAAAGGAAGAGAAGGCAGAGAUGGAUUUGGGGUUCGGUUGCUGCUUCCCUUACAAUCGGUUCUGCUGUUUUGGCCUGGUCUUACUUCCGGCAAGGGGGAGGAUCAUCAUCCUCCUCCUCCUCCUCCGCACAUCAAUCAGGGCCUUCUUCUGAUAGCAGCGGCGUUAGAGAAUGAUGGGCUUCAAACCAAUACGGUGUACAACGUGCAAUUUACCGUCUGAAACGAAAGUCUACGAGAAUGGAGCAGUGUAAGUGUCUCAAUCGGGACAAUGUCCUCUGUGGCCUCUCAAAAUGAAUGGACAAAGAACCAAACUGCAUAAUUCAAGGUGUAGUCUUAGAUUAAUGAGUAAAAACGAGACCUAUCUGCAAGGGUUUUAUGUUUGAUCAUCUUUUAGUGCCGAUUUCGAAUAUUUAAGGGCUCGAGACAGCUGUGUCGUCUUUAUUGACUUUGUCAACGGUCAAACUUGUACAUAAUCUCUUUUGCAACCCCGCUUUAUUUAUCAUUUUAUUGAAUAUGAAUACUGCUCGAUCUAAUAAUCAUAUCACUCCGAU